AACAGGACGUCUUUCCAGCCUGAGUGAGUGCAGGGACGAGAGAGACUUGGAGCCAGGAUUACUAACCUCUUCAUGAAGCAUCUGAUUUCCUGGCCAAAGCCCCGUGGUUCACGUGCGUAAAUGGCUCGACUCCCUGCGGGCAUUCGCUUCAUCAUCUCAUUCUCCCGGGACCAGUGGUACAGAGCCCUCACUUUCAUUCUGACAUAUUUGCUGUAUGCGAGCUUCCACUUAUCUCGGAAGCCUAUCAGCAUAGUUAAGGGUGAGCUCCACAAGUACUGUGCUGCCGUGAAUGGGGCUGAAGUCAGAUUCAACAGCCAGAGCCAGAAAGCCAGUGAUACCCCCUUUCACCUGGGUAAUGAGACUGACUGCGGCUGGGCCCCAUUUGAUCGGGACAACUACCAGCAGCUGCUCGGGGCCCUGGACUACUCCUUCCUGUGUGCCUACGCCAUUGGCAUGUACCUGAGUGGCAUAAUAGGGGAGCGCCUGCCAAUCAGGUAUUACCUAACUUUCGGGAUGCUGGCCAGUGGCAUCUUCACUGCCCUGUUUGGGUUAGGGUAUUUCUACGACAUCCACAGUUUUGGAUUCUACGUGGUAACUCAGAUCAUCAACGGACUGGUGCAGACCACCGGCUGGCCCAGCGUUGUCACUUGCCUCAGCAACUGGUUUGGAAAAGGAAGGCGAGGUUUGAUCAUGGGGGUCUGGAAUUCCCACACCUCAGUGGGCAACAUCUUGGGGUCCUUGAUUGCUGGCUACUGGGUGUCCACGUGCUGGGGCCUGUCCUUCAUCGUGCCUGGUGCCAUCGUGGCAGCCAUGGGGAUCGUGUGCUUCCUCUUUCUCAUCGAGCAUCCGAAGGACAUUGCCUGCUCUUCCACCCUGGUGGCGCAUUCAAAAAGCUACGAGAACGGCAUGCACAGGUUCAGACUGCAGAAGCAGGCCCUGCCCGACGAGAAGAAGCUGCUGGACCCAGAGAUGCAGUGCCUGCUGCUGUCGGAGGGCAAGCGCUCAGUCCGUCAGAACCACGUAGUCACCCUCCCAGCCGACGGAGGGAACAGCGUGGCCGCCAUCAGCUUCACGGGGGCCUUGAAAAUCCCCGGUGUGGUCGAGUUCUCCCUGUGUCUGCUCUUCGCAAAGCUGGUCAGCUACACGUUCCUCUUCUGGCUUCCUCUCUACAUCACCAACGUCGAUCACCUGGAUGCCAAGAAGGCAGGGGAGCUGUCCACCUUGUUUGACGUGGGCGGGAUCUUUGGUGGGAUUCUGGCAGGUGUCAUCUCAGAUCGGCUGGAGAAGAGGGCUUCCACCUGUGGGCUGAUGCUGCUGCUCGCAGCCCCGACGCUCUAUAUAUUUUCCACCAUCAGCAGAAUGGGUCUGGAAGCCACCAUAGCCAUGCUGCUCCUGUGUGGGGCCCUGGUCAGCGGGCCGUAUGCGCUGAUCACCACCGCCGUCUCCGCGGACCUGGGGACUCAUAAAAGUCUGAAAGGCAACUCUCACGCCCUCGCCACCGUGACUGCCAUCAUCGAUGGAACCGGGUCUGUAGGAGCGGCCCUGGGCCCUUUGCUGGCCGGGCUCAUCUCCCCAUCGGGGUGGAACAACGUGUUCUACAUGCUGAUGUUCGCAGACGCCUGUGCCUUACUGUUCCUGAUCCGCCUCAUACACAAGGAGCUGGGCUGCCCGGGGGCAGCAACAGAGGAUCAAGUUCCGAGGUACCUCCCCUCUCUUCAGGCGCGGGCCCUGAGUGAAGACCUGCCCCCGCAGAGGGCGGUGCGGGAAGGCAGCGGGGGUAACUUGACAGUGGGAAAACCUGACAAACACGGCCUCUGCCAGGUGGUCAAGGUCAUCAUCAACAGCGACAAGUCCUGUUGA